AUCCAGUAAACACGGAAAUGGGAAGCCGUAGUCGCGUGUAGCUGCCAAGAUUCAGGGACCCCCGACUUUCCGAAUAACUUCCUCCGCGCCCAGCAAUAUGUACGAGUUCCUUCAAAGAACAUUUGUACGGGGAGAAGAACCUGCGGCUCGGUAUCCUGAAAGAUGAGAUUACGCGGAAACCAGAUAUGGCAAACUGCUGCGCUUGUCUGCUUGCUGAGCGGAGCUGCCCAUGCUUCGCUCGGGGACAGAUUACCAGAGUUCAAGACAUGCGUCGAGACAUGUAAAGAAGCAAACUGCGGCGCAGAUGCCGUACCAAUUCCUUUCCACCGCCGCAUCCUCCUCUGGGACUGCCCCUCCGAGUGCGACUACACCUGCCAACACGUCGUGACGGACAAACGCCUAGCACGCGACCCUCCAUACAUGCAACCGAUCCAGCAAUUCCACGGCAAAUGGCCCUUCUACCGGUUCAUGGGGAUGCAGGAGCCCUUCUCCGUCAUCUUCUCGCUGUUCAACUUCCUCGCGCACGACUGGGGUAUCCACCAGCUGCGCGAGAAGAUCCCGCCGUCCUACGCCCUGCGCAAAUACUACAUCGGCUUCGGGUACUGCGGCCUCGCCAGCUGGAUCUUCAGCAUGAUCUUCCACACCCGCGACUUCAACGUCACCGAGAAAUUGGACUACUUCGCGGCGGGCGCGAGCGUCCUGUACGGCUUGUACUUUGCCCCGAUCAGGAUAUUCAGAUUGGACAAGAAGGACCCGACUAGGCAGUCUGUGUUGCGGCUCUGGACCGCGUUCUGCAUACUGCUGUAUGUCCUACACGUUUCCUACCUCUCGCUCUGGUCCUGGGAUUACACGUACAACAUGGCGGCCAACGUGACCGUCGGCGUCAUCCAGAAUAUCCUAUGGAGCGUCUUCUCAUUCAUGCAGUACAGGAAGGUGGGCAGAGUGUGGGCGAUGUGGCCUGGUUUGAUCGUGGCAUGGAUUAUCAUGGCAAUGAGCCUUGAGUUGCUGGAUUUCCCGCCGUGGAUGGGCAUGAUCGAUGCUCACUCCCUGUGGCAUUUGGGAACCGUGGGCCCUACUGUUUGGUGGUACAAUUUCUUGAUCAAAGACGCCCAAGAGGAUACCGCAGGCACUCAGAAGGAGAAGGAGUAGUGCAUUUCCCCCACUCACUACGGAUGAAUGAAUGGGAAGGCACGUCAUUGUUUUUCAUCACCACCAAUCAUCCUUUUUAGUACAUAGUUACACUCCCGCCGCGUUUCAAUCGAGCGAGUCUCGGGGACGUUUCGUUGCAAGGUUCGAUAUUCUUUAGGCUGGUUUCCAUUCUCCCCUCCCCGCUCUCGUGUAGGGGAAUGGUUGUAGGAUAGAUAGGUAGAUAGGUGGGG